GAGAUCGAUGAGCUGAGGACCGAGAUGGACGAGAUGAGGGAUACUUUCUUCGAGGAAGACGCCUGUCAGCUGCAGGAGAUGCGCCAUGAGUUGGAGAGAGCCAACAAAAACUGUCGGAUCCUGCAGUACCGCCUCCGCAAGGCUGAGCGCAAAAGGCUCCGCUACGCUCAGACUGGAGAAAUUGAUGGCGAGCUGUUGCGCAGCCUGGAGCAGGACCUCAAGGUUGCAAAGGAUGUAUCUGUGAGACUUCACCAUGAGUUGGAAAACGUGGAAGAAAAAAGAACAACGACAGAAGAUGAAAAUGAGAAGCUGAGGCAGCAACUUAUAGAGGUUGAAAUUGCAAAACAAGCCUUACAGAAUGAACUGGAAAAGAUGAAGGAGUCAUCCUUAAAAAGAAGAGGAAGUAAAGAUUUGCCAAAAUCUGAAAAGAAGGCUCAACAGACACCCACAGAGGAGGACAAUGAGGAUUUGAAGUGCCAGCUGCAGUUCGUUAAGGAAGAGGCUGCCCUGAUGAGGAAGAAAAUGGCCAAGAUUGAUAAAGAAAAGGACAGAUUUGAGCAUGAACUUCAGAAGUACAGAUCCUUCUAUGGAGAUCUGGACAGUCCUUUACCCAAAGGAGAAGCUGGGGGGCCUCCCAGCACCAGGGAGGCAGAGCUCAAGCUGCGGCUGCGGCUGGUGGAGGAAGAGGCCAACAUCCUGGGCAGGAAAAUAGUGGAACUCGAGGUAGAGAACCGAGGCCUGAAGGCAGAACUGGACGACCUGAGGGGCGAUGACUUCAAUGGCUCGGCCAAUCCCCUCAUGAGGGAGCAGAGCGAGUCCUUGUCCGAGCUGCGACAGCACCUGCAGCUAGUGGAAGAUGAGACCGAGUUGCUGCGAAGGAACGUGGCAGACCUGGAGGAGCAGAACAAGCGCAUCACUGCGGAGCUGAACAAGUACAAGUACAAGUCCAGCGGCCACGACAGCUCCAGGCACCACGACAGUGCCAAGACCGAGGCCCUUCAGGAGGAGCUGAAGGCAGCUCGCCUGCAGAUAAACGAGCUGAGCGGCAAGGUCAUGCAGCUGCAGUACGAGAACCGCGUGCUCAUGUCCAACAUGCAGCGCUACGACCUGGCCUCACACCUGGGUAUCCGUGGCAGCCCCCGCGACAGCGACGCCGAGAGCGACGCGGGCAAGAAGGAAAGCGACGAUGACUCCCGGCCUCCCCAUCGCAAGCGCGAAGGGCCUAUUGGCGGUGAGAGCGACUCGGAGGAGGUGCGGAACAUCCGCUCCCUCACUCCCACCCGCUCCUUCUACCCCGCGCCCGGGCCCUGGCCCAAGAGUUUCUCCGAUCGACAGCAGAUGAAGGACAUCCGCUCCGAGGCCGAGCGCCUGGGAAAGACCAUCGAUCGGCUCAUCGCAGACACGAGCACCAUCAUCACUGAGGCGCGCAUCUACGUGGCCAAUGGGGACCUGUUCGGACUCAUGGACGAGGAGGACGACGGCAGCCGCAUCCGCGAGCACGAGCUGCUCUACCGCAUCAACGCGCAGAUGAAGGCUUUCCGCAAGGAGCUGCAGACCUUCAUCGACCGCCUGGAAGUACCCAAGUCUGCAGAUGACCGCGGCGCCGAGGAGCCCAUAUCCGUGAGUCAGAUGUUCCAGCCUAUCAUUUUACUUAUUCUCAUCCUCGUAUUAUUUUCGUCACUUUCUUACACAACAAUAUUUAAACUUGUCUUCCUUUUUACACUGUUUUUUGUACUGUAA